AUGUUGAGCUCACGUUAUUAUAGUGCCUCCCGGCUGGGUACAGAUGCGAAGCCGCGAACUGCCAUGGUAGUUGACGAGGACGACGAGUUGUACACAGGUUUCAACGAGGUGGCUCCUGCACUGGACACUCGCAAUCUGCGGGAAGACCAUGACUUCCAGGAGACACUGCGCACAACCGCCAUUGGAAGGAAACUACCCAGCAGAAUGGGUACCGGGAUGAUGCGCAUGGGCACGGUAAGCGUCCGGGCGAACAGUUCUCGCGCAGGCACUGCGGCGCGGCCGGUCACUGCCGUGCGGGCUGCGGGCUAUACAUCUACUGCCAGAGAACUGCCCACCAGAGACGACGUUAAGGAGGAUAGUAUCGAGGAACGAGUAAAACAGAUGGAAGCUCGCAUAAUGACGCUGGUUGAAGAGUCUUGUAUGCUCAGUGCACGAUCAGACCCCGAUGACGAUACUGCUCCGAAGAAAGAACUUGACUUAGGGCAGGCCCUUGCCAAAGCACAGGAGGCAUCAGCGAUGGAAAGACAGUUAAUUCGAAUGCAAGAACAAGCGAAUCUUGGUGACACACAUAACUUGGAUCUCACUUUUGCUGUGCUCUGCAAUUUGGCGGGACAGUACGCGCUCAACGAAAUGUAUACCGAGGCUUUAAACACGUACCAACUACUCACUAGAAAUAAACUAUUCCCUCAUGCUAAUCGACUGAAGGUGAAUAUGGGAAACAUCUACUUCAAGAUGGGAGAACACCCAAAGGCAUUAAAGUUGUAUAGAAUGGCUUUAGAUCAAACACCGACAGCUGAGAAGGAUCUGCGAAUGAAAGUGAUGCAUAACAUUGGUCUUCUCUUAGUACGUAUGGGAAAGUUUCGCGACGCUGUGACAAAUUUUCAACAUAUCAUGCAUGAACAGGGAGAUUUUCAGACUGGUUUACACUUAGUGCUAUGCUCAGUGGCGUUGAACGACGCUGAAGGUGCCAAAGCGGCAUUCCACGCAAUGCUGGAUGUGGAGCCGCCCACGUUUCACCAAGAUAUCAAUAUUGAUGACGAAAACGAUGCGUACGAGUGCGUCGUCCGCGACGUGGUGCGCGGGGACCGCCUGUCGCGCUGGUCGCGGCGCGGCGCGGCCCACGCCGAGCGCUGUCUGGCGCUCGCUGCCGCCGCCGCCGCCAUGCAGAGGCCUGGCUCCAGGGGCCCCGACUCUGGCGGCAUGUCGUGGUGCGUGGAGGCAUUGCGCGGGUACAGCGGCGGCGCGGCGGGCGCGCGCCUCGAGCUGGGCGCCGCGCUGGCUGCACUACGCACGCGCGCCACGGGGCCCGCCAGCGGCCCGGGCGGCCCGGCCGGGGGCGCUGCGGGCCCCGGCCCGGGGGGCAGCAUGGGGGCGGCCCAGCGCGCCGUGCAGCGACUCAAGGCCGUGGCCCGCGCGCACCCACACGACCGCGUGCUGCGCGCCGAGGCCAACACUGAUGCUGCUUUCGUCGCUUAUGCGGUUUUGCAUAACGCUACCAUUGAUAACUAG